GCUGCUGGGAGCGCCCGAGCGGGGCGCGGGGUGCUGGGUGCUGGGUGCAGGGUGCUGCAGGGCGCGGGGUGCGGGCCGGGGGCCAUGGGGCCCUGGGGUGCCCUGCUGCUGCUGCACCUGCUGCAUCUGCUGCAUCUGCUGGCAGGGCCCGAGGCUGCAGCCGCCCCCUGCCUGGAUGGAAAUGCCUGUGCCAACGGAGGCCGGUGCACCCAGCUGCGCUCUGGCGACAUGGCCUGCUUGUGCCCCCCAGGCUGGGUGGGUGAGCGCUGCCAGCUGGAGGACCCCUGCCACUCGGGCCCCUGUGUCGGGCGCGCCAUUUGCCAGAGCUCCGUGCUGGGGGGUGCUGCCCGCUUCUCCUGCCGUUGCCCCCGCGGCUUCCGAGGUGCUGACUGCUCACAGCCGGACCCCUGCCUGAGCUCACCCUGCGCCCACCGAGCCCGCUGCUCUGCCGCCCCCGACGGCCGCUUCCUGUGCAGCUGCCCGGCCGGCUACCAGGGCCGCACCUGCCGGGCAGAUGUGGACGAGUGCCGGGCCGGGGGGCCCUGCCUGCAAGGGGCCACCUGCCUCAACACACCCGGCUCCUUCCGCUGCCUCUGCCCUGCCGGCUUCGGGGGGCCGCUGUGCGCCAGUCCCCGGCCCCCCUGCGCCCCCUCCCCCUGCCUCAACGGGGGUACCUGCCGCCCAGGGGUCGACGCUGCCUCUGACUGCGCCUGUCUGCCCGGCUUCGAGGGUCCUCACUGCGAGGUGAACGUGGACGACUGCCCCAGCCACCAGUGUGUCAACGGGGGGACGUGCGUGGACGGCGUGAACACCUACAACUGCCAGUGUCCCCCAGAGUGGACGGGCCAGUUCUGCACGGAGGACGUGGAUGAGUGCCAGCUGCAGCCCAACGCUUGCCACAACGGGGGGACCUGCUUCAACACGCUGGGCGGCCACAGCUGUGUGUGCGUCAAUGGCUGGACGGGCGAGAGCUGCGGUCACAACAUCGAUGACUGUGCCACGGCCGUCUGCUUCCACGGGGCCACCUGCCACGACCGCGUGGCCUCCUUCUACUGCGCCUGCCCCAUGGGCAAGACCGGCCUUCUGUGCCACUUGGACGACGCCUGCGUCAGCAACCCUUGCCACGAGGAUGCCAUCUGCGACACCAACCCCGUGAACGGCCGGGCCAUCUGCACCUGUCCGCCGGGCUUCGCGGGCGGGGCGUGCGACCAGGACGUGGACGAGUGCUCCCUCGGUGCCAACCCCUGCGAGCACCUGGGCCGCUGCGUCAACACCCAGGGCUCCUUCCUGUGCCAGUGUGGCCGCGGCUACACCGGGCCGCGCUGCGAGACGGAUGUCAACGAGUGUCUGUCGGGGCCCUGCCGCAACCAGGCCACCUGCCUGGACCGCAUCGGCCAGUUCACUUGCAUCUGCAUGGCAGGCUUCACGGGCACCUUCUGUGAGGUGGACAUGGACGAGUGUCAGAGCAGCCCCUGUGUCAACGGCGGAAUCUGUAAGGACAGGGUCAAUGGCUUCACCUGCACCUGCCCUGCAGGUUUCAGUGGGGCCAUGUGUCAGCUGGACGUGGACGAGUGCGCCAGCACCCCCUGCAGAAACGGGGCCGAGUGCGUGGACCAGCCCGAUGGCUACGAGUGUCGCUGCAGUGAGGGGUUCGAUGGUGCCUUCUGCGAGCACAACGUGGACGACUGCUCCCCGGACCCCUGCCACCACGGGCACUGCGUGGAUGGCAUCGCCAGCUUCUCCUGCACCUGCGCGCCCGGCUACACAGGUGUCCGCUGCGAGAGCCAGGUGGACGAGUGUCGCAGCCAGCCCUGCCAGCACGGCGGGAAGUGCCUGGACCUGGUGGACAGGUACCUGUGCCGAUGCCCUCCGGGCACCUCAGGUAUCAACUGUGAGGUGGACAUUGACGACUGUGCCAGCAACCCCUGUGCCUUUGGCUCCUGUAGGGACGGGCUGGACCGCUACGACUGUGUGUGUGAGCCCGGCUUCACAGGACCCCUCUGCAGGGUGGAGGUCAGCGAGUGUGCCUCCAGCCCCUGCGGCGAGGGGGCUUCCUGCGUGGACGGCAAGAAUGGCUUCCGCUGCCUCUGCCCACCCGGCGCCCUGCCCCCGCUCUGCCUGCCCCCCACCCACCCCUGCACCCAGGAGCCCUGUGCCCACGGCCUCUGUCUCCACGCUCCCGGAGGGUUCCGCUGUGUCUGUGAGCCUGGCUGGACGGGGCCCCGGUGCAGCCAGAGCCUCGGCCGUGACGCCUGCGACUCCCAGCCCUGCCAGGCUGGCGGUACCUGCUCCAGCGACGGGGCGGCCUUCCACUGCUCCUGCCCGCCCGGCGUCCAGGGCCAUCAGUGUGAACUGGCCUCGCCCUGCACCCCCAACCCCUGUGAACACGGGGGUGACUGUGAGUCCGGCCCCGGUCAGCUGGCCGUCUGCUCCUGCCCGCCAGGCUGGCAAGGCUCCAGAUGCCAGCAGGAUGUGGAUGAGUGUGCCAGGCCCUCUCCCUGCGGUGCCCACGGCGUCUGCUACAACGUGGCGGGGAGCUUCCGCUGCUCCUGCCACUCGGGGUACAGCGGCCCCUCCUGCGACAGGAACGUUGACCACUGUGACCCCAACCCGUGCCUGAAUGGGGGCUCCUGCCGGGCCGGCGUGGGCUCCUUCUCCUGCACCUGUCUGCCCGGCUUCGCGGGCCCGCGCUGCGCCCAGGACGUGGACGAGUGUCUGAGCAGCCCCUGCGGCCCGGGCACCUGCACCGACCACGUGGCCUCCUUCACCUGCUCCUGCCCGCCCGGCCUGGGGGGCCUGCGCUGUGAGCGGGACCUGCCCGACUGCAGCCCCAGCUCCUGCUUCCACGGCGGCACCUGUGUGGACCGCGUGGGCGCCUUCACCUGCCUGUGCCGGCCGGGCUACACCGGGGCACACUGCCAGCACGAGGCGGACCCCUGCCUGUCUCGGCCCUGCCUGCACGGGGGCGUCUGCAGCGCCUUGCACCCCGGCUUCCGCUGCACCUGCCCCGAGGGCUUCACGGGCACCCAGUGCCAGACGCCGGUGGACUGGUGCAAACACACACCCUGUCAGAACGGGGGUCGCUGUGUGCAGAACGGAGCCUCCUACUCUUGCCUGUGCCCCCCGGGCUGGGGCGGCCGCCUGUGUGACUCCCGGAGCCUGCCCUGCAGGGAAGCAGCGGCCCAGAUGGGGUUGCAGCUGGACCAGCUGUGCCAGGCCGGCGGGCAGUGUGUGGACAAGGACACCACCCACUUCUGCGUGUGCCCCGAGGGCAGGGCGGGUGCCCGCUGUGAGCUGGAGCUGGACCCCUGCUCUUCCCAGCCCUGCCAGCACGGAGGCACCUGCCGGGGCUACGUGGGCCGUUAUGUGUGUGAGUGUCCUGCCGGUUACGCGGGUGACUGCUGUGAGGAGGACGUGGACGAGUGUGCCUCCCGGCCCUGCCAGAACGGGGGGUCCUGCAUCGACCUGGUGGCCCACUACCUUUGCUCCUGCCCCCCGGGGACGCAAGGCGUCCUGUGUGAGAUCAACGAAGACGACUGCGCCCCCGAGCCCCCCCUGGACCCCGGCCCCCGCUGCCUGCACAACGGCACCUGCGUGGACCUGGUGGGGGGCUUCCGCUGCAGCUGCCCCCCGGGCUUCACGGGCCAGCGCUGCGAGGCCGACUUGAACGAGUGUCGCCCAGGGGCGUGCCACGCCGCCCACACCCGAGACUGUCUGCAGGCGGCCGACGGCGGCGGCGGCGGCGGCUUCCGUUGCCUCUGUCUCCCCGGCUUCACGGGUCCCCGAUGUCAGGCUCUCCUGUCACCCUGUGAGUCGAUGCCAUGCCAGCACGGGGGGCAGUGCCGCCCCAGCCCCGGGCCCGGGGGCUCCCUGGUCUUUCUCUGCCACUGUGUCCCGCCUGCCUGGGGUCCCCGCUGCGAGCGGGUGGCCCGCUCCUGCCAGGAGCUGCAGUGCCCCGUGGGGGUCCCCUGCCAGCAGACUGCCCGCGGCCCCCGCUGCAUCUGCCCCCCAGGGCUGCCCGGGCCCGCCUGCCGCCCUCCGCGGGCGCCCCCCAACUCAGACUGUUUGGGGCUGCCCUGCCUGCACGGGGGCUCCUGCCUGCCGGGGCCCGUUCCCCGCUGCGUCUGCGCCCCGGGCUGGGCGGGGGCACGCUGCGAGGUGGCGGACCCCCAGGAGGAAGCGGGGUCCCCGGGGGGGGAGGAGGGGGAGCCGUGCCCCAGGGCCUCCUGCCAGGCCAAGAGCGGGGACGGGCGCUGCGACCGAGAGUGCAACAGCCCCGCGUGCGGCUGGGACGGAGGGGACUGCUCCCUCAGCGUGGGCGACCCCUGGCACCAGUGCCGGGCGCUGGGCUGCUGGCGGCUUUUCAACAACAGCCACUGCGAUCCCGCCUGCAACUCCCCCGACUGCCUCUACGACAACUUCGACUGCUACGAGGGCGGCCGGGAGCCCGCCUGCAACCCGGUGUACGAGCAGUACUGCGCCGACCACUUCGCCGACGGCCGCUGCGACCAGGGCUGCAACUCCGCGGCGUGCGGCUGGGACGGGCUGGACUGCGCGGCGGCGGUGCCGGCGCUGCGGGCGCGCGGGGUGCUGGUGCUCACGGUGCUGCUGCCGCCCGCCGACCUGCUGCGCGCCGCCGCCCGCUUCCUGCAGCGCCUCAGCCGCCUGCUCCGCACCGCGCUGCGCUUCCGCCGGGACGAGCGGGGCCGCGCCAUGGUCUUCCCCUUCCACCGGCCGCCCGCGCCCCCGGGGCCGCCCCCCGCCCGCCCGCGCCGCGAGCUGGGCCCCCAGCCCGCCCCCGAGGUCAUCGGCUCUGUGGUCAUGCUGGAGAUUGACAACCGGCUCUGCCUGCAGACCCCCGGCAGCAACCACUGCUUCCCCGACGCCCAGAGCGCGGCCGACUACCUGGGCGCCCUGUCAGCGGUGGAGCGCCUCGACUUCCCCUACCCUCUGCGGGACGCUCGGGGGGAGCCCCUGGAGCCGGCGCCCGAGCCUGGGCUGUCCUUGCCGCCCCUGCUGGCGGCGGGCGGCGUCUUCCUGCUGGUGGUCCUGGGCCUGGGGGUGAUGGUGGCCCGGAGGAAGCGGGAGCACAGCACGCUGUGGUUCCCCGAGGGCUUCUCCCUGCGCAAGGAUGUGGGUGCCGUCCACAAGGGCCGGCGUGAGCCGGUGGGGCAGGACUCGCUGGGCAUGCGGAACAUGGGCAAAGGAGAGAGUCUCAUGGAGGACAUGGCCACAGACUGGAUGGACUCCGAGUGUCCAGAGGCCAAGCGACUGAAGGUGGAAGAGCCUGGCGCCGGGUCCGAGGAGGCCGUGGACUCCCGCCAGUGGACGCAGCACCACUUGGUGGCCGCCGACAUCCGCACGGCCCCCGCCACGGCCCUGACCCCACCUCAGGGGGACGCGGACGGCCACGGCGUGGGCGUGAAUGUGCAGGGACCAGACGGCUUCACCCCGCUCAUGCUGGCCUCCUUCUGCGGGGGCUCCCUGGAGGCGGCGGCGGAGGAGGAGGAUGGGGAGGACGGGGCCGGCAUGAUCUCCGAGCUGAUCGGCCAGGGCGCGCAGCUGGGGGCCCGCACGGACCGCACGGGGGAGACGGCCCUGCACCUGGCCGCCCGCUACGCCCGCGCCGAUGCCGCCAAGCGACUGCUGCACGCGGGAGCCGACGCCAACGCCCAGGACCACGCCGGCCGCACCCCGCUGCACACCGCCGUCACCGCCGACGCCCAGGGCGUCUUCCAGAUCCUCAUCCGGAACCGCUGCACGGACCUGGAUGCCCGCAUGGCAGACGGAUCCACAGCACUAAUCCUGGCGGCCCGCCUGGCGGUGGAAGGCAUGGUGGAAGAGCUCAUUGCCUGUCAUGCUGACGUGAACGCCGUGGAUGAUCUGGGAAAAUCAGCUCUUCACUGGGCAGCCGCCGUGAACAACGUGGAGGCCACACUGGCGCUGCUGAAAAGCGGGGCCAACAAGGACCUGCAGGACAGCAAGGAGGAGACGCCCCUGUUCCUGGCGGCCCGGGAGGGCAGCCUGGAGGCGGCACGCCUGCUGCUCCAGCACUGUGCCAACCGGGACAUCGCCGACCACUUGGACCGCCUGCCCCGAGACGUGGCCCGGGAGCGUCUGCACCAGGACAUCGCGGGCAUCCUGGAGCGGCCAGGGGCUCCCCGCAGCCCCCAGGAGGCCCCGCUCUGCCCACCCGGCCUCCGGCCCACCCCCUCGGGGGGCAGGAAGGGACGCCGGCCCCCGGGCAGGGCCGGGCCAGGGGGACCCCCGGGCGCCCCCCGGGGCCGCGCCAAGAAGCUGACCCUGGCCUGCCCGGGGCCUCUGGCCGACAGCUCCGUCACCCUGUCCCCCGCCGACUCCCUCGACUCGCCUCGGCCUUUCGGGGGCCCCCCGGCGUCCCCCGGCGGCUUCGCCCUGGAGGCCGCCUACCCAGGGGGGUCCGCCGUGCCCCUGGCCCCACUGGGUGGUGCCGGCCGGGGGGCCCUGGGGCGCUGCGUCCUCAGCCUGGGGCUGCUGAACCCCGUGGCCGUGCCACUCGACUGGGCCCGCCUGCAACCCCCCGCCCCGCCGGGACCCCCCUUCCUGCUGCCGCUGGGACCCCAGCCGCUGCCCGCCGGGACCCCCGCGUCCCCGGCCGAGAGGCCCCCUCCCUACCUGGCGGCCCCCGGGGGGAGCGGCGGGGACGAGGGCGUCCGGGCCAGCCCCCCCAAAGCUCGCUUCCUGCAGGUGACCAGCGAGCACCCCUACCUGACCCCGUCCCCCGAGUCCCCGGGGCACUGGGCCAGCCCCUCUCCCCCCGCCCUCUCGGACUGGUCUGAACCCACGCCCAGCCCGGCCGCCAGGGUCCCCGGGGUCACCCGCGGGGUGCUGCCCACCUUCUCCGUCCCUGGGGCUCUCGUCCAGGCCCAGGCCGAGGGGGACCCCAAAAGACAGGUGCAGGCUUGAGAGUCGGGGGGACGGUGCUUGGAUUCUGAGGCCUUCCCUGUCUCCGCCGGCUGCCUCCACUCCCCCAGCCCUGCACACCCGGCAGACGUCACCCAGAGGUCGCCUGCCCACAAUGCCACCCUUUCCCGUCUUCAUGACAGGGGUGCGGCCUGACUGGCCCCCUCCACCUUCCUCUCCUGCUCUCAUGACAAGUCUGGGACUGUCCCCACCCACCCAGCCAGCCCCCCCCCCCACUCUUCGUUUUUUCUUUUGCUCUGACCGCCCCUCCAUCAUGAUCCCCCCCCUCCCCCCGCCUCUCACGGCUCACGCCCUCACACGCGUGGAGGGAGAUGGGAAUCCUUGCCUCGAUGAAUUCCUUUUCUCUCUCUAUUUUUUUUUUUUUACGUUUUUGUAUAGAAGCAGAUCCAUGUACACCGACGUAUUAUUAUAUUAUUAUUGUUAUUGUUAUGACUUAUUUUUUACAACAUGUCAUAUAUGGAGACACUCCCUAACCAACGCCUCCUCUCUCCCAAAAUGAACAAAGAAAGAAAGAAAAAUAAAUAAACCCCACCCCGACCCUUACCACCCCCCCCUCCCCCGGGGAGAAGCGCCCAGUGCCCCCGUGGGGCUGAGUCUGUGGGCCUGUGUGGGCCGACUUGGUACCGAGUACAUGACCCCAGGGUGUGUCGAGGGUGCCACCCUCCCCACCCACCCCCGCAGGGGCCGGAGGUCAGGGGUCAGGAGUCACACCUGCCUUAGCAGCCCCUCCUCCUCCCGCUCCCCUCCCCCCUCCGCACUCACUUGACUGCAUUUUGGGGGCGGGGAGGGGGGCACUGCCUUUUUGGGGAGGGAGGGUUUUAUUUUAUUUUGUGUGUGUGUGAGGCACCAGAGAGCCUCUCCCCAAGUCCCGUUGUGGUUGCUGCCGUCCCCCUCCCCACUUUCCAAAGAGAUGGGUCUUGGGGUGGGGGCGGGAAGGCUGAGGACCAGGGGUGGGGGAGAGGUUCUCCGUCGCCUGGGUGCUGUCCCCUUCUCCCCGCUUUCCGCCCAUCCUGCCCAGGCCCAUAGCAGAGAGAAGGUUUGUAAUACGGCCUCUGGUCACGGCCCUUCUCUGUAGUUCAGCCCCUGGACACGGUACUGUACAGACCUCCCCCAUUCCUGCCGAAUAAAGGAAUAGUGGACACUGUU